AGUAAGCCACUGGUGCCCAGCUCAGCAUUUUUUUUUUUUUUGGUUUCGAGGCUGAAAUCAGACUAAAUAUGAAGUUUAAAUAGCACUAAAUUAUGAUCUAUUCAAAUGUGUGUUUAUCAGAACCCAGGGUGCUCUGAGACUACCCAGCACCAUAGGGCAGGUUAGAAAGUUACCAUAAACACACAAUAUUGUUCCAGUAAAUAUGCUAACAAUACUCAGAAAAAAGGAGGGGAUCAUUAGGGUCCAUUUGUAGCCUACACUGUACCACGUUCCACUCCUAAUGGUACCCAGGUCUCCAUGGAUGAUGGAUCCGUGUUCCUCACAGCUCAUGGGGACGGUGCCCAGGUCUCCAUGGACGACGGAUCCGUGUCCCUCACAGCUCAUGGGGACGGUGCCCAGGUCUCCAUGGACGACGGAUCCGUGUCCCUCACAGCUCAUGGGGACGGUGCCCAGGUCUCCAUGGAUGACGGAUCCGUGUUCCUCACAGCUCAUGGGGAUGGUGCCCAGGUCUCCAUGGAUGACAGAUCCGUGUUCCUCACAGCUCAUGGGGACGGUGCCCAGGUCUCCAUGGACGACAGAUCCGUGUCCCUCACAGCUCAUGGGGACGGUGCCCAGGUCUCCAUGGACGAUGGAUCUGUGUCCCUCACAGCUCAUGGGGACGGUGCCCAGGUCUCCAUGGAUGACGGAUCCGUGUCCCUCACAGCUCAUGGGGACGGUGCCCAGGUCUCCAUGGUCGACGGAUCCGUGUUCCUCACAGCUCAUGGGGACGGUGCCCAGGUCUCCAUGGAUGACGGACCUGUGUUCCUCACAGCUCAUGGGGACGGUGCCCAGGUCUCCAUGGACGACGGAUCCGUGUCCCUCACAGCUCAUGGGGACGGUGCCCAGGUCUCCAUGGACGACGGAUCCGUGUCCCUCACAGCUCAUGGGGACGGUGCCCAGGUCUCCAUGGACGAAGGACCUGUGUUCCUCACAGUUCAUGGGGACGGUGCCCAGGUCUCCAUGGACGAUGGAUCCGUGUCCCUCACAGCUCAUGGGGACGGUGCCCAGGUCUCCAUAGACGAUGGAUCCGUGUCCCUCACAGCUCAUCGGUCUCCAUGGACGAUGGAUCCGUGUCCCUCACAGCUCAUGGGGACGGUGCCCAGGUCUCCAUGGACGAUGGAUCCGUGUCCCUCACAGCUCAUGGGGACGGUGCCCAGGUCUCCAUGGACGAUGGAUCCGUGUCCCUCACAGCUCAUGGGGACGGUGCCCAGGUCUCCAUGGAUGACGGAUCCGUGUUCCUCACAGCUCAUGGGGAAGGUGCCCAGGUCUCCAUGGACGACGGAUCCGUGUUCCUCACAGCUCAUGGGGACGGUGCCCAGGUCUCCAUGGACGAAGGACCUGUGUUCCUCACAGCUCAUGGGGACGGUGCCCAGGUCUCCAUGGAUGAUGGAUCCGUGUUCCUCACAGCUCCUGGGGACGGUGCCCAGGUCUCCAUGGAUGACGGAUCCGUGUUCCUCACAGCUCAUGGGGACGGUGCCCAGGUCUCAAUGCAGGAUGGAUUCUACGUUCCUACUGCAGCUCACUGGGGGAGGCCCUGAAACUUGGCCUUCAGGGAACCUAAUGUGAGGUUUAUCCAAGAAAGUAACCUUUUUCUCCCAGAGAGAACUCACUAAUAUUUAUUAAUGAAAUACACAAACAUGUGGCUGCUUCUCACUGUUUGCAAGUUAUACACACACAUGUAGACACACACAUCAUUUCUAAAAGCAGUUUUGCUGGAAGAAAAGUGUCCUUUUUACUUUGUACCAGGGGUUUGUACAGCAACACCACCAACAUCCUUGAUAUUAAAUAUACUAUUUACGCAAGCACUCAACAAACCUCCAGUUACUGUGCCUCUUCCUGAAGAGUAGAAAUGAGGCAAGAACGGAGUCUCUGCUGUGGCCCUCAGGCAGGAGGGCCUGAGAUACCCUAGCUCAAACUUUUGCCAUUGGACUAUGAAUUAACUAACUGGUUUAUAUUGCUCAUUGUUUAUACUUUAGACUCUAAAGAGAUCAAAUUUCUUUGGUCACUAUGAGUUUACCUUGACUUUAGUGGAAAGAGGCUACUACUGCAGACUUUGAGGCUGCUGGGUUCAGAUUUAAGGUCAGACACUAAGGACACUUUUCACAUCAGAGGCUGUAGGUCUACACAUUCAUUGCACAACGGAUGACAGUGUAGUAUCUGGAGCAAGGAGCGCUACU